AUGGCGCUUGCGACGCGUCAUCAGCAACCAGUUGUAGAUACAACACCAGUUGAUAUCACUAGUAACCUGCCAACUUUACAAUUUGAAAGUGCUUUAAGUGAAGAGGAGAAGCAACUUCAUUAUCUGAGAAAAAGGGGCCACUGUUUGACCGUCACAUCAUGCGCACAAUCAACUUUUUUGGUUUCCAUUCUGAAUGAAGCAAGACAACUUAAGAAAUCACUACGGAGCCCAAACAAGCGUUCAAAAAGACUCUUGAAUGACCCAAGUCUGAGAGAUCCCCUGAAAAUUGGUAUCAUUGGCUGUGGUCGACUUGGAAGUCAGUUGGCUCACUGCUUUAUUACUUUUGGCAAUAUUGACCCGGAUGAUAUCAAGAUCUCUACCAGACGACCAGAAACUCUAGAAUACCUUCUCAACAAAGGAGUGGACUGUUUCCAUGAUAAUGCUAAACUGGUGUCCUCAACUCACAUAGUCUUUUUAUGUGUACUACCAUCCCAAGUUCCUGCCAUUGCUGAUGAAGUGAAGCCUCAUAUUUCCCAGACAUUGUUCAUCUACAGCUUCGCCAGCUCUCUCCCUGCAAAGAAACUCAGCCAGUUGUUUGGGACUCCCAACAUUAUCCGACCUGAAUACAGUUGGGAUGAUGAGAAUCAAAAUAUUCCUUGGGACUUUACAAUCAAUGUCAACUCGGCCUUGGAAAAGAAAGAUAUCGUAGCUGUCACCUGUCCACUAAGAAGAGAACAUUGUGUGAUGACAACCAGCCACAAAACUGCUGAGCUCAUGAUAUUCGUCUUCGUGAACAUGUGCACUCACCUUAAUUGUACCAAGUACGAUGCCUUGGAGUUGCUCCACAUUGUGCUGUUCAACAACAUACCAGAAUGCCAACUGGAAGUGAAUGACUUCAUCAGAAAAUCUGCCGACAAAGAUGAGAUAUUUCCACCCUUCGACUUGAUUAAAGUUCUUGACAGCAAUACGGCAGUGUUGAAGAGGCUGAAUCAGUAUGAACCAUUGUACGAGGCUUUAGUGGACAAAUAUAACCAUGUGUUUGAGGACUAUCUGAAACAGAAACUGUACAACGAAAUGUAUAAGUCUUAAGAAGAGGCUGUGAUAUAAAUGAUGGCCUUUUAACAAUAAUUACCCUUGUGUGAAUGACAGUGUGAAUCAUUCUCUGCCUGUGAUAUUGUUAAAUUAUCAUAUUUCUAUCAUUAAAUAUUGACUUACAUAGAAUUUUUUUUUUUUUUUUUUUUAUAAAAUAACUUCUGAUAUUAUAUUGCUGGAAACUUGAUCCAAAUAUAUUGCAUGCUAACAAGUGUUAAAAAUGUGAUCAAUAAAGGAAUGGCACAA